ACCCUUGGGAGAGGCAUGUGAUUUCUAUGGAGAUAUGAAGUCUUUUCUCUUUCAGCUCCAUCCAAAGGCAUCUAUAUUCAGACCAACUGGGACCAACAACAAUUUACAAUGGUGUACUGUGAGUUUCAGUUCAGGGACCAUUCCAAAUGGCAUUGUGUUUGGAGGGCAAAUUAAUCACUUUGGCCAUGUUCCACUCAGCAGACUUUGAUCAGGGACACACUCUCUCUUGCACAACAUUCAACAGCCCUUGCCUUUCAAAGAACAGUAAAAUCUGCAGAGAACUGAUAGAAUGCUGGGGAGUUGUGAGGAAAGGAAAACAAGAAGAAAGACAAGAUGCUCCUAAAGGUACUGUGUUAGAAAGGUUUAAGAAGGACCGGAAUAUGCUCAGUAUGGUAGGGAUUGCAAAUGCUAGCGAGUAAAUGUGAUCAUCUUUGGCCUGCACAUUUGGAUGUGGCUUCAACAUUCGGAUCAGUGCUUACGGUUAGAAGUCCUGUUCAUUAUCUGUCUAGUUUAAGGAAAAUUGUUUUUAUCUUGAGUGCCUGAUUCCUCAAUCGAACAGAAUUUUAUUUAUUUAUUUAGUUAUUUAUCAAUAUAGCACCUAAGAACGC